AGAGCGGACUGGGUAAAAGUGCAAAUGGGCGCGCAAGUUAGCAGGAGCCUACAGGGUCGCCUCCCGGCCAGGGAAGAUCCGAUCUAGAAACAAGAGCUGGAAAACAAGCAGAGCUUGCGAUUCCCGUCCUUAGGAUCUUCUGUCCUUCGCCGGAGGGGCUCCGAGGGGUUUCUCCAAGGCGGCUCACUAGUGGUUGCGCGGACAAUGGAAGUCCACUGGCACCUUUCUUCUGAGAACGACCCUGGCCUUGGCCAUCAGAGCAGGGGACGAAAGCCAGAAGAGGCUACUCCGGGCGCCCCCGUUCCUGCGCACCCUCGGGUGCUCCUCCCGCGCGCGGCCGCCUCCGCCCCAGCGCGCCGCCCCCUGCCAGCCCGGAUGCCGGCGCCCGGCCGGGGCCCCUGCGGGCUACCGCUGACCAUGCCCGGGCGCCGGGGGGCGCUGCGCGAGCCGGCCGGCUGCGGGUCCUGCCUGGGGGCGGCGCUGGCCCUGCUGCUGCUGCUGCUGCCCGCCUGCUGCCCGGUGCGGGCGCAGAAUGACACGGAGCCCAUCGUGCUGGAGGGCAAGUGCCUGGUGGUGUGCGACUCCAGCCCGUCGGCGGACGGCGCCGUCACCUCCUCCCUGGGCAUCUCCGUGCGCUCCGGCAGUGCCAAGGUGGCCUUCUCCGCCACGCGGAGCACCAACCACGAGCCGUCCGAGAUGAGCAAUCGCACCAUGACCAUCUAUUUCGACCAGGUGUUAGUAAAUAUCGGCAACCAUUUUGAUCUUGCCUCCAGUAUAUUUGUAGCGCCGAGAAAAGGAAUUUAUAGCUUCAGCUUCCACGUGGUCAAAGUGUAUAACAGACAAACCAUCCAGGUCAGUUUAAUGCAGAAUGGCUACCCAGUGAUCUCAGCCUUUGCAGGAGACCAGGAUGUUACCAGAGAAGCUGCUAGUAAUGGCGUCCUGCUGCUCAUGGAAAGAGAAGACAAAGUGCAUCUCAAACUGGAGAGGGGCAACCUCAUGGGGGGCUGGAAAUACUCCACAUUCUCCGGCUUCUUGGUUUUUCCUCUAUAAAUGCAAAGCCCCCUGGAUGGUGGAAAAGUUGCAUCUCUGGACCCAGGAAUCCACCCUUCAAAACACCCUUGAACUUGCCCUAAUAGGACAACUUGUUUCCAACCUCCGUCAGACUGUUGCGGUAGAAGAAUGAUUUCCUUCUAAAUCUCCAGUAUUUUUUUCGGAUAUUGACAAUUCCUCGGGAACCUGGCCUCUAAUUAGUUUUAGAUGACAAGGUCUUAAGGAGAAAUGAAAUUAUCGAUUUGAGCAAUUUGUACCUGUGAUUGUAAAGUCAAUAUCGGAUUUUAUUGUUGGGACCAUUGACUUACCUUUUUUUUGUUUGUUUGUACGGUGUAUUGUUGUCCCAAUGCAAGGAGUGCUGCUGCCCCCAGGAUGGAUUGCAGGUUGCAGUCAGGGCUCAAAGCAAGAGCCCAUCAAAAAACCACCUGCUGGAUGGUCCUUGACAUGUGUUCUGUUUGUGUCUGUAUAGCCUUAAGAAAAAGAAUGGCUUCACUUUCAUUCUGUGUUUUUUCCCCCACUGGGUGGAUGGGAGGACUUGGGAGGGGGAUGGGGACAUUGUGAACCUGUCAAGAAGUGCUUUAUCUAGAGAAGCAAAUUUUGCACGAUUGGACUGCAACUUUUGUUUUGUAUUGUUUGUGUUUUUUUUUUUUCUUUUUUCUUUUUUGGCCUCGAAAAGCUUUACUUUUCUUUCUACACUCAGCUCUCCCUCUUCAACCCCACUUUUAUUUUUCUUGCUGGGGUGGAGGGGAGAGAAAAUGUAUGUUGAAUUCAUGGAUAAGACCAAACAAAACAAAACAAAUACCUGUAUAUUUUGUUUUGGAUGAGACCAAACCAAACAAAAAGUACCUGUUUAUCAAAGUAAAAAUAACAGAGGAGAAUUCUGCUUAUUCUUUCAAAGAGAUUCUGAGAUGCACCUUUAGAACUAGCAACCUGGAUUUUUUUUUUAAUUUACCCCGGAAUCCUUUAAGAACUUCUUGUUAUGGGGUGGUCCUGAAUCUUUUAAGUUGGGAGUGGAAGCUGUAAUGACCAAACCCCCUAAACACACUAUUUCUUUGCCGAACGUACCCUGACUUUUAAUUUAUUUGGAUCCACCUCUGAUUGAGCGCACAGUGAUCAGGUGCUUCAAAGAAAACAGGACCAGCUCCUCUUCCUCAGGAUCCUUUUUUGAUCUGCCAGGGAAAGGGAUGUGUUGACACUCUCCUGCUUGCGCCUGCCUGGAAGCCACCUGGAAGUCAUAGUCGUUAAAGGUAUUGGCGAAGGCGUCCUAGGAGCAGUUUGACAAAUCCUUCUCUUUUGGCACCCUGAACAACAAUACUAUUAAGACACAGCUGAAAGUUGAUGGGUGCCAAGGAAAUGUCACUGACCCCAAAGCAAUCGAAUAUGAGACUUCAAACCGGAUGUUAACUUAUUCUUUGUGUAACAAUGUAACCAAAAUAUUGAUGAUAAAAAGUCAUACUUUGAGGUUCAGAAUAAAUGGGUUUGAUGUCUGGCUUGCUCUUAUCCCUCCCCAUCGUGUCCUAACUCUCAAAACGUGAGGAAGCCAAGGCCAAGGAACUAGGACUUGGGGAUGAUAAAUCUGUACUGUUCCUCUUUGGAAAGUGCUCACACAAACACACACCGCCAUAUAUGCAGACCUAGCUAAGGUCUGGGUGGCUAUUGCACACUUUAGAUGCAUUUCAAUUGAUACAUGCUUCAUAUUCAAACAGGAAGAUUUGGGGAGAGAAAUGUGAAAAAGACAGCAUUAAGAAGAUUUUCUGGAUAAGUAAUUUGCUUUUAUCAGAUACCAUCUUUAUGUGGUACAACUUCCAAUUCAAUAUUUCCAUCAGUGAACACCAACAGAAAUGAAGCCAGCAUUUUAAGAUAAGAUGAGUUGUUUCAAAACUGUGUGUGAGGAUGGAGAGGCAGCAGACUCCAUUUUCACGUAAGAAAUGCGAUGGGGGUUUUCUAAAUUGAAGACUGUAUGGUUUGAUUAAGAUCCAAGUUUUACUGUCCUUACAUGGACGAUGCAGUUUGAAUUAAAAUGCUGUUGGCAGUUUGUGAGGGAAUCAACCUAAAAUCAUUAGGGGUACCUUGGCUGCGUGUUAGGAUACAUACUUCUAAACAUUGUUUAUUAAGGCUGAUGACAUAAACAGAAGGCUGGCUGCCAGAAUAUCUUUUCUGUGUUUUAACUGCUCUAAGUUAUUUUAGUCCUCUUUUCCUCAUUUCCGUUAACCUUAUGUUCAAUUUCAAACAAGCAGGAAACCUCAUUCGAGGACAAUAUAGUAUUUCAGAGAUUGAAAGAUAUACGAGUACUUGUUAUUUUUAUUACUUAAUAUAUAAUACACAUAUGUGUUUGUACUUACACCUUUAUUAUAUACAGGUUGUUAAUGGGUUAUACUGUAUAAUAAAAUAAGUUAUUAAAUUGACCAAUCUAAAACUGAGCACAUUGCAGGAGUUUAUUUUAUAUUAGAAAAAAGCUUCAUGCGGACUUUUUCUACUCCUAUUCUUCUUCUUUCUUUGUUUCUUGAGAUGGAUGCCAGAAACUGCAUUAGGAAGGAGCCCCGCUGAGAGUGAGUCUGAAGUUGUUUAUCAUCCCUGGCAGCCUCUGCCAAGGUUCUUUUUGGCAAAGGAUCUUGGAGGCAUAUGAGGCUCCUGUGUAUGGUCUACAAAAAGAUAUAGGUCUGAUCAAAAUUAAAAAAAUAUAUAUAUAUAUAUAUUUUUUUUAAUUAGAAAAAAGUGAGACACCUGUAAUACUGUAGGCCGACCUCAGUAGCCUCUCUCUGGGACUCGGUUUUCCCAUCUGUGGAGUGGAGGCAAUGACCCUGCUCGGUCAGCCCAGCGCGCAGGGAUGCUGGGAGGUGCUCUGAGAACUGGGAAGCACUUAUAGUACAACAUGGGGUGUCAUUAUGGCAGGGAGGACGUUUCUGGAAAAGCAGAUUAUUUUAACAUGCCAUUUAUGAAAAACAUUUAAAAUGAAUAUCUGGUAGAAGGACAAUUUUAUAUAAAAGAAAAUUUUCAUAUUUCUUAAUAGGCUAUCAAAACGGUAACAGUAUAUUGAAGUUUUCUUUAAUUUGAUUUUUGGGGCUGAUCAUAUCAAAACGUAUACAUUUUCAUAUGAACUCAAUUCUCAAUUAUGUAAUGUGGCUCUCCUAUGUGGUUCAAACUCACCGUCCUGUUCCAGUU